AUGACAAACAGCUCCCUGCCAAAAUGCCAAAAGGAUUUGUCUGCAGUCAAGACUCCAGGCUUCACAUACCAACCUCAGACGAUUCAAGACUUUCUCUACUAUCGCCAUUGUCGUGAAUUCCCCUUGAUACUGGAUGCUCCUGGCAAAUGUGAAGGAGAUGACGACAUCUUUCUUCUGCUUGUCAUAAAAAGCUCCCCUGUGAACUUCAAAUACAGAGAGGUGCUCCGCAAAACCUGGGCCGAAGAGAGGUUAUAUAAAGGCAUGUGGAUUCGAAGGGUCUUCAUCACAGGAACAAUGACGGAUGUUUCUGAGAGACAGAGAACCAACAAACUCCUUCGACUGGAACAACGGACGUACAACGACAUCCUCCAGUGGGACUUUAACGAUACCUUCUUCAACCUCACCUUGAAGCAGAUGCUCUUCCUCGAAUGGAUGGAAAAAAGCUGCUGGAAUGUCCACUUCUUGUUUAAUAGCAAUGAUGAUAUCUUCGCCAACCCAGACAACAUGGUCGAGUACCUCCAAAGCCUCAAGGACAAUGAUGGAGGCAAGCACCUGUUUACUGGUCAUCUCCUCACUGAUCCAAAACCGGAUAGAUGGUUGGACAGCAAGUACUUUCUUCCAUUCACAGUCUACUACCCAGACACAUAUCCACCCUACUGUGCUGGUGGGGGCAUCCUCCUGUCCUUCUACACAGCUUUAUCCAUACACAAGAUAUCCAAGUUCAUUAGUUAUAUUCCUAUUGAUGAUGCUUACAUGGGGAUGUGUCUGGCUGAAACAAAUCUGGCACCUAGUUCUCAUUCAGGAUGGUACGCUCCCUCUCGCACACUGGAUACAUAUGACCUUUGCUUUCUUAAAGAGCUGCUCGUUCUGCACAAAUUCUCCCCGGUUCAAUUAAAUGCAUUAUGGAAUAGAAUACACGAUUCCAAUCUGAUAUGUGGUACCUUGAAGAAACCACUUCAGGACCUUAUUUUCAAGUGGUAA